AUGGACGAGUCUUUCGACUCAUUUGUCGCCAAGAUAGCCCCAAAUGCUGGUUACCCGACUCCUCUUAUGACUACAAGCUCCACAACGAGCAGAAGAGUUGAAAACAUAGGGGAUGUAGUUGAGGAUGGCAUUGCCGGGACAUCUCAGUUAGAGGAUGUAGUUGAUGGUGAUACGAUUGAGGAGCCACAGUCGGGGAUGGAAUUUAAUUCUUUUGAAGAGUUAAUGAAUUAUUAUAAGCAGUAUGCUAAGAAAUGUGGGUUUGGGGUGAUGACAAGAAUGACUGAGAAGGGGGAUGAUGAGACUGUUCGAUAUGUCACCCUUGGUUGUGCCCGUGGUGGGAAGGCCCGGAAUAGGAUGUUGAAUGUCGUCAGACCACGUCUGACAGGAAAAACAAAAUAUAUCAACGAAGAAGCUGGCAUCCGAAUGAAUAAGAGUUUUGGAUCUCUCGUCUUUGGCACUGGUGGAUUUGAGAACCUUCCAUUUUUGAAAAAAAAUUGUCGAAAUUAUAUCAACAAGGCAAGACAUCUACGACUUGGGAAAGGUGGUGCUGGAGCACUUCAAGAGUAUUUUUGUAGGAUGCAGUGCAAAAAUCCUUGUUUCUUUGCACUGAUGGAUUUGGAUGAUGAAGGGAGGUUAAAAAAUGUCUUCUGGGCAGACCCCCGUAGUAGGAAAGCCUACCAAUACUUUGGUGAUGUGGUCACAUUCGACACUACAUACCUGACGAAUAGAUAUGGGAUGCCAUUUGCACCAUUUGUUGGUGUAAACCACCAUGGGCAAUCAAUUCUGUUGGGAGCAAGAUUGAUUUCUAAUGAGAAUACGGAAACUUUUGUGUGGUUAUUCCAGACCUGGUUGAAGUGUAUGGGUGGUAUAGCUCCGAAAGCUAUUAUCACCGAUCAGGACAGAGCGAUGAAAAAUGCAAUUGCUGUUAUCUUUUCAGAAAGCCGACAUCGACUUUGUUUGUGGCAUAUACUGAAAAAAGUUCCUGAAAAGCUUUCCUCUUAUGCUUCCUACAAAAGUGGGAUGAAAAAUGCAUUGUUGAAAUGUGUUUAUGACGCCCAAAGUGUUGAAGAGUUUGAGAAAUCUUGGGAUCAGUUAAUUACCACUUACAAUUUACAUGAGAAUGCCUGGCUGAAAAGUUUAUACACUGAGUGUGAGCAUUGGCAUGUUCAAGACAGAUUAGUUAAUGUAAUUGGUGGAUCCCAGCUCAGAGAAACAAUGCAAUUUGAUUUGGAUGGAUCACAACCGAUGUCGAUUGGGUUGGAUGGAUCACAAUCGAUGCAAAUUGAACUCCAUGGAUCACAAUUGAUUCAACCAGGGUUGGGUGGCCAAAAGAACUAA